AUAAAAGGAAGCUGCCCCUCCUCCAGUCACUAGAGCUUGCACUAUCUAAAUAAUUGAUCAUCUCUCCUAUGUAUCUCUUCUACAAACCGUGCCGCUUAGAAAUGAUAACCAACGCCGAGUGGAACCAAGCCCCGGUUCUAUAUCACUCGCCAUCUGAUUGCUGGUAACUACGCCGUGGCCAUAAUUGAAAUCCUUUCUGAACUUUCACAGACCCUUCUCGCCAUCCCACCAAACCCCCAUUUCUCGAUCAUGGCACCUAGCCCUAACUUAGUCAAUUUGUUGCAACCCCGCCCUCGGACAUUGAGACUCCAACGGCAAGAUGCAGACGGCAUGCUGCGGGGUGUAUUAUUUCUAGUUGAACCCAAGAGUUGGCACGGAUAGAUUGGCCCAUUCGAAGAUUCGCGGCUCUCAGGAUACAGGUGGCUCUUUUGUUCUGAAUCAGUUGCGGACUAAAGUCUCAUAUCUGUGGAAGUGAUCGGUCAUUUUUCCUAUUUAUCCCUUAAGCUUUUUCAUUUGAAUUUGACGGUCUUCCUCGUACUUCUCGAUCUAAGAACUCGUAUCUGCGGGACAAUUUUGAAGUAAAAUAUACACCCUUUGGCAUUAAACAUAUCGAAAACUCAGCGUAUCUACCACCAAGCAACAAAAUGGGCAAAAAGCGAGUUCUAGUCAGCUACGGCGUUGACAUCGAUGCCGUCGCAGGUUGGCUAGGGUCGUACGGCGGUGAAGAUAGCACAAAUGACAUCAGUCGAGGCCUCUGGGCGGGCACAAUCGGCGUCCGCCGCCUCCUCAAACUCUUCGAAAGAUACAACAUCAAAGCCACCUGGUUCAUCCCCGGCCACUCCCUGGAAACCUUUCCAGAAGAAUGUGCCAUGGUGCGCGAUGCCGGCCACGAAAUAGGGCUCCACGGCUACUCGCACGAGAACCCGUCCGACAUGACCGUUGAACAGCAGCGCGACGUCCUCGACAAGACCUACCGCCUCCUCACAGACUUCUGUGGCAAGCCGCCCCGGGGCACCGUGGCGCCCUGGUGGGAGACGAGCGCGGAGGGCACGGAUCUGCUGCUUAGCUAUGGCAUUGAGUAUGACCAUUCGAUGGCGCAUCAUGACUGCCAGAUGUACUGGCUGCGGACGGGGGAUACGUGGACGAAGAUUGAUUAUACGAAGAAGGCAAAGGACUGGAUGAAGCCGUUGGUCAAAGGCCAGGAGACCGGGCUUGUGGAGAUCCCGGGCAGCUGGUAUAUUGAUGACUUGCCGCCGAUGAUGUUUAUUAAGAAUUCGGCGAAUAGUCAUGGGUGGGUGAAUCCGAGGGAUAUUGAGGACAUUUGGAAGGAUCACUUCGACUAUUUCUACCGUGAAUACGAUGAGUUUAUAUUUCCCAUGACGAUCCACCCCGACGUCUCUGGCCGGCCACAUGUCCUUCUCAUGCACGAGCGCAUUAUCGAGCACAUCAACAAGCACGAGGGAGUGGAAUGGGUAACAUUCGAGCAGAUGGCAGACGAUUUCAAGAGUAAAAACCCAGUUCCAGCAGGGGCAAAGAUGCCAGCGCCACGCGGGGAGAUUCUGAAGAACCCGCCAUUGAAUCCAUGAUUAAUUGAAUCCAUGAUUAAUUGACCAGCUAAUACUACCAAAAAACCACCUGAGAUAGUUGUUGGUAUAAUUUGAUCAUUCUUAGUUAAUUGAGCAAGUUCCAUAAUCACAAGUCGAUAACGAGCCACUUUUCUGCAACUACCCAUGCCACUCUUGGAAAUAAUGUAGCCACAUUCAUUUUCCAGUAUUUUUGCCCAUCUUUUGUUUUAACUACAUAAGUUAUAUAGUAUAUCUGCCCCGCAAUGGAAAUUAGCUUUCAGCCAGUGUC